AUGUAUUUGGGUGAUGUUUUGCCCGCUCUUGACUUUGACGACAGCGAUGCUGAGUCGGCCGCCUCUCAGCGCAGUCUGCAACGACUUUUGGCUGAAAAUAUCCCUGCAUCCAAUUUCUUACCUCAGGAAGUCGCGGCUAUUCGCUAUAAGAUUGACUCCACACUUCGUAUCGCUCAGCCUACCGGUUUGGUGAAGCCAAAUUAUUAUAGCCCACUUUGCAACGAAGAACUUGAUCCUGACGCGCCCCAAUGGCAUUACGAUUUAGAGCUGCGCCAGGAUGAUGAGGCCGAAGCUUGCCUUAAGAUUUUUUCUGUUCACACCAACAGUCAGACGUAUAUCAUAGUUUACGCCUCUUGCUGCAUCGUAUGA